UUCACUUCAGUACAGAUUGCAACUUCAUAACGUGAAAAUGCCUGGAUUUGUGUCACAGCCACCACACUUACUCUUCGCUCUGCUCGCUUUAGUUUGUCUCGCAUUGCAAGCUGACAGCCAACGUGGUGCCAAUGGACGCGAAAGAGAAGAGCAAAUCAUACGCAACGCCAAGGCAACAGAGGUACUCAAAUACAUGGAUCUCUCAGCCGAUCCAUGCAACAACUUUUAUGAUUUUGCAUGCGGCAAAUGGCCAGAUCAGCAGCCGCAGCUGCAAGAUGGCGACGCGCCAAUCUCCGUGCAAACGCAAUUGAUACAGCGUGUACGCAAAGACGUGCAAAUGCUGCUCGAUGCAAAUACACGCAGCAAGGGAAGACCAAAUUUGAACGAACGUAAAAUUAAGGAAUUCUACAAGUCCUGUUUAACAGUUGACCGUUCGUCAGGGCUGCAGCAAGCAUUCUUAAUGAAUUUCGUUAAGGAGUAUCACGGCAUGCCCCUACUCGCGGGCACUAACUGGAACAGCAACUACGAUUGGGUGCAAGUGAUUGCGCGACUGCGCCUCAAUUAUGGCUUUGAUUUUCUCAUUGGCAUGGAUGUAGAAAACAAGGGGCAUUCGCUGCCGGGCAGAGCUAUCAUCUACCUGACUGAACCGAAAACGACGCUGAUUCCACGUCACUUGUGCAGCGCUGGAUCUGCAGUGGAAGCGGAUGCUCGCGAAGAGAUCUCCGCGCAACUCCAGACGGAGGUGUCCAAAGAUCUGCAAGCUUGGUUUUCGCUAAAGGAACACGAAACUGAGCGUACCGCUGGCGAUAUCGUACGUUUUGAAUUCGAGUUGUGCCGAUUUAUGAGAGAGGAAGAAUCAAUGCCACCGCCGGAGGAUAACAAAACCGAGCGUCACGUUUAUGAAGGACGCAAUCUGGCAUAUCUGUCGAAGCAGUUCGGUAACAUAAUCAAUUUCAGAAAGUAUUUGGAAUUAAGUCUCAAUACUACCGUUGCGAGUUCGGAGAUCAUCGUACAAUCCGAGCGUUACUUUCACCAUCUGGCGCGUGCUGCGCGCUCUAAUCCCAAGCCGACGCUGACCAACUACAUAAUGUAUCGUGCAUUGGCCGCGAUUAACUUUCCCCGUAAUGAGACCAGCAAUCCACGUGCGGGAUAUUGCGCAGAGCUUGUUAUGCGCUACUUCCCCAAGGUUAUCGGUGAGAUGUAUAGAAAUAAAUAUCAGCGCAGCGAAGUUAGAAGCGAUGUAGAGCAACUUUUUGGCGCCAUCAAGGAAGCAAUGCGUGAAGCUUUGAAUGUGGAAGGUUUGCCGGAGAAUGCACAAAAUGCUUUCCGCAAUAAGCUAAUGCUUUAUGACUCGCUGCUUUUCCCCGUCUACAAGGAUGUCAAUCUGCGAGACCUGCCUUUGGAACAUACAAAUUUCUGGCACAAACAGGACAUCGCCAUGAAAUACAAGGGCUACAAGGAACGUCAACGUUUUUAUGGCGGUGAUCCCGAAGUAGACGAAAGCAUCGUCGAGGCGCCGGAUGUGCACAUGAAGCUGGUGGAAAAUGGCAUACUUACCGGUUGGGGCAUAUUGCAGCCACCCUUCUACGACUAUCACUACGCAAAUUCGCUGAAGUAUGCGCUUAUUGGACAGCACAUUGCACGUGAGCUUGUUGGCGCCGUAAUACCCGAUGGCGUGGAAGAAACAGAAAUUACACGCGAUGAAUUGGUUAUGGAGAACUUCAAUAACAUUUCCGAGUGCUAUCGCAUGCAGUACAGCAACUAUUUGCACAAUAUACCGAACGUUUACUACAAUGUAACCAAAUUGCGCGAACUUAUGACGGAUAGUGCCGGUUUGAAUGUGGCGUUCAAGGCCUACCUUGCUUGGCUGGAAUCGGUCGAUCCGAGCAAUCGGCCGACGCUUAUGCGUGAAACUUUGCCGGGUGUGGACUUUACAAAUACACAAUUGUUUUUUAUAAGCUUUGCGCAAGCGCGUUGCCACGCCAGGUAUAUGGAGGAGCCGCCACCAACAUUCCUACCGCUAGACACACACACCGAGGAACUUUUCGACGUAAAUGGUGUGUUGGCCAAUAAUGUGGAAUUUGCGCGAGAGUUUGGCUGUGCGCCAGGCGCGGAAAUGAAUCCGGAUGACAAGUGCAUGGUGUACUGAAGAAAUGAUGACGAAGUAGUGGAGUAAAUAGUAAAGAGUAAAAGGAAUUUGAUAUGUUCUAAUAUUAGCAAAUGAUUUGUUUACACAUAAAAGUUUUCAGAUAAUAUGAAAGUGCUUGCAUUUAAUUUUAUUAGUCGUUUUAUUAGAAAAAUAUGUAAAGAAGUUUAAGUGCGGGUGAAGCAUUGUUUUUUUUUUGUAUUUUUUAAUUUCGUAUUAAGUGUCCAAUAAAAACAAAAUAGAGCAUCAUCGCAUAUGGUUUUAAUGCCUUAAUAAUGAA